AAAGAACCCAACCAAAGAGUUUCUUGUCCACCUCAACAACAAUAGCUUAGCGGGUAAGGAAAUAAGGAAUAGUCAAAUCGAAUUCCAAUAUCUGCAUAGCGCAAUUUUGUUCUUCCAUACCCAUUGCGCGUUUAUUUAUGUAUUAAAAAGGAAAAAUUGACCGUCCACACUGCCGUCAAUUCAUUUCUCUCCCUAUAAAUCCCCGGCCAGGCAACAGGAUUUUUAUUAUCACCGUUACAUUUCGAAAUCCUUCUGCGAUCAUGGCCGAUGAAACGAGCCCUAACAAUCAACAGCAGCCGGAGGAGGUUGAAAUUCAGAUCGAGGAGCAGAGGUUGAAGUAUUUGGAGUUUGUGCAAGUCGCGGCGCUCCACGCCGUCUUAUGCGCUGCGAAGCUCUACAGUUACGCUAAGGAGAAUUUGGGCCCUCUCAAGCCUGGCGUUCAGACUGUGGAGGGUACUGUUAAGACCGUCGUAGGUCCCGUUUACGAGAAGAUUCAAUAUGUUCCGUCUGAAGUCCUCAAGUUCGUAGAUCGCAAGGUUGAUGAGUCAGUUCACAAGAUCGAGGAUCAUGUUCCACCAUCUGUGAAACAAGUAUCAGCCCAGGCUUUUCUAACUGCACAGAUGGCUCCAUCGGUUGUCCGUGCUGUUGUUUCUGAAAUGAAAAGUACUGGUGUGGUGGAAAUUGCAUCUAUAUUGGCAAAAUCCGUAUACACACAGUGUGAGCCUGCUGCCAAAGGGAUAUACUCCAAGUACGAACCACUAGCCGAACAGUAUGCUUUGUCGGCUUGGCAGUCUCUUAAUCAUCUCCCUCUUGUUCCCAAGGUGGCUCAAGCCGUUGCUCCAACGGCUUCUUACUUGUCUGAGAGGUACAACCAGACUGUUCAAGUUGGUGCUGAGAAGGGGUACAGAGUUGCAACGUAUCUUCCCUUAAUGCCCACUGCCAAGAUUGCUAGACUGCUGACUAAUGCAAGCCCUGUGGAGACCACCAGCUAAAAGGAGUAAAGCACUGUGUGAGUAAGAGUAGUAGUACCCUGUAUUUCUUCCGAUACAUUGGAACUUCAUUGUGUCUUUACUUUCAUGAAAAACUCGGAAUGACUUUAAGUGUUUUGUUGCUUGGUGUUGUCAUACUGUUGUUAUUGAACUGGUUUGGUUGUAUGUUACUGGUUUACCGUUUCUUUUAGCAAAGCACAUGAUUUAUUUAUAAAAUAACCAAAUAAGGAUGCAUUUUUUUUUCUAUUACGCAAAAGCAAAAUAUAUGAUAUCAUAUUAUUAUAUAUUUAUAUAGUACAUUUUGUGACCUCCAACGAAUGCCUGUCAUGCCUUCAUGGUGAACACGUUAUGGUAUUUUAUAAUUCUAUGAAGUAGGUAAAGGCAAAACAGGCAGGUUAGUGAGUAAGAGCAGACAUGUCUGUGUGAGAUGUUGCAGCUUUGGCUCCCAACAAUAUGUAUUCGAACUUCUUGUCGAGUGUAUUAUGUAUACCACUCUUCACAGCAGUUCUAUGUUCUAUUGAAUAUUAUGGAGUAAAUGAAAAUUGGCUGUGAAAUGAAUCCAAUCACGGGUAAAUAAAAUUUGAACUGUUGACAAAAAGUAGGAUUGAAAUAAAGUUAAUCAACAAAUAUAUGACUAUUGGUGAUUUGAAAAGUAUGAUUGUUCUUUUAAAUCCUAGAGUGAGUCGUAUUCAUGAUGGUAGGUUGCAUGGCGGGAUUUAGAUUUGAUAUAUGAUAAUGGAAACUUCGAAAGCACUGCGACACCAAUCGUAGUUAAUGUUCGUGUAGGAAUUUCUCCUUACAAAUAGUAGGAUAAUGAUACUUGUUUCCAGUUUCCUGUAAGAUGUUCUGAUACCAUGUGAAUGGUAAACCUUUUAUUAUUGUUCAUGUUGUAUGAGACUAUACAAGUAGCUAUACUUGUAUAGUUAUAUCACUUGUAUACAAAUAGUAGGAUAAUGAUACUUGUUUCCAGUUUCCUGUAUGAUGUUCUGAUACCAUGUGAAUGGUAAACCUUUUAUUAUUGUUCAUGUUGUAUGAGACUGUACAAGUAUACUUGUAUAGUUAUAUCACUUGUAUCAGUUGUAUAUGUA